ACCAAAUUCAGCAGUUAAAAUAUCUCCACAGCUACUGAAGGAACGAACAUCGUCCUCCCCUCAGGUAGUCCCCAAAACCCUAGUUUCAUCGCGAAAGAUGGUGUUCUUCAAAUCCAUCGACAACAAAACCCUAAUCCUAGACCUUGACCCCACCACUACCUCCCUCGAGUCCCUGCACCUCGCCAUCGAGCGGAAAUCAGGCGUUCCUCCCUCCCACCAACGCCUGUUCCUCUCCUCCCGCCGAUUGAUCUGCGCCGACGGGACCACCCCCGUAUCCCGCCUCGGCGUGGGGCCCGCCUCGACGCUGACCCUCCACGUCCCUCUCUUCGGAGGCAUGCAAGCCCCCGUGCAACCCAAGCCCAGGUUGGAAUUCCUCAACACCAAGCCUCCCCCCAAUUACGUGGCCGGCCUGGGCCGUGGCGCCACCGGGUUCACCACCAGGUCCGACAUCGGUCCCGCCCGCGCCGCUCCCGACCUCCCCGACCGGUCCGCAGCGGCGGUCGGCCCGGCAGCGGGGGCGGGUCGCGGGAGAGGCAAAGGCCCGGGCGGAGACGAGGAGGAGGAGGAGCAGGAGGAGAAUGAGAAAGGGUACGAUGAGAAUCAGAAGUUUGAUGAGUUUGAAGGGAACGACGUGGGGCUGUUUGCGUCGGCGGAGUACGAUGAGGAGGACGCGGAGGCGGACGCGGUGUGGGAUGAGAUCGAUAAGAGGAUGGAUUCGCGGCGUAAGGAUAGGAGGGAAGCUAGGUUGAAGCAGGAGAUUGAAAAGUACAGGGCGUCGAACCCUAAGAUUACCGAGCAGUUUGCUGAUUUGAAAAGGAAGUUGUUCACGAUGUCGACUUCUGAGUGGGAUAGUAUCCCUGAGAUCGGUGAUUACUCAUUGAGGAACAAGAAGAGGAGGUUUGAGAGUUACGUGCCUGUUCCGGAUACCCUCCUUGAGAAGGCUAGGCAAGAAAAAGAACACGUCACGGCUUUGGAUCCGAAGAGUAGGGCGGCUGGAGGGACGGAGACUCCUUGGGCGCAAACCCCGGUUACUGAUUUGACUGCGGUGGGUGAGGGGAGAGGGACCGUUCUUUCGCUUAAGUUGGAUAGGCUUUCGGAUUCGGUAUCAGGGUUAACUGUUGUGGAUCCCAAGGGUUAUUUGACUGAUCUCAAGAGUAUGAAGAUUACAAGUGACGCGGAGAUAUCGGAUAUUAAGAAGGCUAGGCUCUUGCUUAAAUCAGUUAUUCAAACGAAUCCCAAACACCCGCCCGGUUGGAUUGCUGCCGCUAGGUUGGAGGAAGUGGCCGGUAAGAUUCAGGCUGCGAGGCAGUUGAUAACAAAAGGUUGCGAGGAGUGUCCGAAGAAUGAGGAUGUUUGGAUAGAGGCGUGUCGGUUGUCUAGCCCUGAUGAAGCAAAGGCCGUGAUAGCUAGGGGAGUGAAGGCUAUCCCAAAUUCUGUGAAGUUGUGGAUGCAGGCCGCGAAAUUGGAGCAUGACGACGGGAACAAGAGUAGGGUAUUAAGGAGAGGACUGGAGCAUAUUCCUGAUUCUGUCAGGCUAUGGAAGGCGGUUGUGGAGCUUGCCAAUGAGGAGGAUGCGAGGCUUUUGCUGAUGAGGGCUGUGGAAUGCUGCCCUUUGCAUGUCGAGUUGUGGCUUGCUCUUGCCAGGUUGGAAACUUACGAAAGUGCAAAGAAGGUUUUGAAUAAGGCAAGGUUGAGUCUCCCCAAGGAACCUGCAAUUUGGAUCACUGCUGCGAAAUUGGAAGAAGCAAAUGAGAAUAAUGCUAUGGUGGGAAGGAUUAUAGAAAGGGGUAUUCGAACUUUGCAAAAGGAACAUGUGGUGAUUGACAGAGAAGCUUGGAUGAAGGAGGCGGAGGCCGCUGAACGGGCUGGAUCUGUCGCCACUUGCCAGGCUAUUAUUCAUAACACUAUAGGGGUUGGAGUGGAGGAAGAAGAUCGGAAAAGGACAUGGGUUGCUGAUGCAGAGGAGUGCAAGAAAAGGGGUUCCAUUGAGACAGCCAGAGCCAUAUAUGCUCAUGCCCUUACAGUGUUUUUGACUAAGAAGAGUAUCUGGCUCAAAGCAGCACAGCUCGAGAAGACUUAUGGGACCAGGGAAUCUCUUGAUGCGCUGCUUCGUAAAGCAGUGACUUACAGGCCACAGGCUGAAGUUCUAUGGUUAAUGGGUGCGAAAGAGAAGUGGCUUGCUGGUGAUGUGCCUUCAGCUAGAGCAAUUCUUCAAGAAGCCUAUGCUGCGAUUCCCAACUCUGAGGAGAUUUGGCUUGCUGCAUUCAAGCUUGAAUUUGAGAACCAUGAGCCAGAGAGAGCAAGAAUGCUUCUAGCUAAAGCGCGAGAAAGAGGAGGCACAGAAAGAGUGUGGAUGAAGUCUGCCAUAGUUGAGAGAGAAUUGGGAAACACUGACGAGGAGAGGAGGUUACUCGAUGAUGGGCUGAAACGCUUCCCUUCGUUUUUCAAGCUGUGGUUGAUGCUUGGACAAUUGGAGGAACGCCUUGGUUAUUUGGAAAGGGCCAAGGAAGUGUAUGAGUCAGGUUUGAAGCACUGUUCCAGCUGUGUUCCCCUUUGGCUUUCGCUCGCUAAGCUGGAGGAGAAGAUGAAUGGGUUGAGUAAAGCUCGAGCUGUCCUCACAAUGGCUAGAAAGAAGAAUCCUCAGAGCCCUGAACUCUGGCUUGCUGCUGUAAGAGCUGAAUCAAGGCAUGGGCACGAGAAGGAAGCGGAUAUUCUGAUGGCUAAGGCAUUGCAGGUCUGCCCUAAUAGUGGUAUACUGUGGGCAGCUUCGAUUGAGAUGGUCCCGCGUCCGCAACGGAGGACAAGGAGCAUGGAUGCGCUCAAGAGAUGCGAUCACGAUCCACAUGUCAUUGCUGCGAUUGCUAAGCUAUUUUGGCACGACAGGAAGGUAGACAAAGCAAGGAGUUGGCUUAAUAGGGCGGUGACACUUGGACCAGACGUUGGGGAUUUUUGGGCGUUAUUCUACAAAUUUGAACUUCAGCAUGGGACCGAGGAGACUCAGGCAGAUGUAAUGAAGAGAUGCAUUGCUGCAGAACCAAAGCAUGGGGAGAAAUGGCAAGCAGUGUCCAAGGCUGUGGAGAAUUCUCACCAAGCAACUGAAGCCAUCUUGAAGAAAGUAGUUGUUGCACUUGGAAAGGAAGAGAGUUCUGCCGAGGGUAGUAAACAAUAGAUGCCUGUUCUUUUUGGAAAGUACUACUUUUUGCCUUCUUACUAUGUGAUUUAGCAGCUUUGCUUCUUUGGUGUUCACAGUUAUAUCCUGGUUUAUAUGUAUUUCUUCAUACACUAAUUUAUAUUGGGUGGGGACUGUUGGUUAUUGUAUUUUACCUUCGAUUGCGUGUUUCGCAUUCGUUGGCAUGAAUACAAAGUACAAUUAUGGAUUGUUCUUCUCA